GAGUGAAGGUCAAGGUAGGAUGCAUUCAGGAAUGGGACUGGGCCAGCCCUUCGUCGCAAAUUUUGCGCCUGCAUUCUACGGAAUGCAGGCUCCUCAAGCUUUUCAAUUCAACCCUCAGUAUCCUGCUCCGACUAGACAGCCGUUUGUGGCACAUUGUUACAUCGCUCCACAAGCUUGGCCACCAGGUGGUGUUCCGCCAUGCAGUCCUUUCCUAACUCCGAGUUUUAAUCAAGAUGGUAUGACUCACAAUCAGCCAACUCAUUGUCAGGGGAACAAUCUUAUGCUGCAACAGUGCCAAGAAAGCGUUGGAUUUGCUUUCCCAAGCAUUCCGGUUCUAGCACGACUACCUCUACAGCAUCAAGGAAAAGUGACAUUGCCUCAACGGAGUUUGAAUGAAGCACCCGCAUCAGUAAUUGCUUCCAGCGAAAAUCCUGCAAAGAGCAACCGACCUAAAGUCAAUGUGCCUCCUCUACAAAUGCCGAAAUAUGAAGGGUGCACCUUUUUUUGCCCCGAACCAGACUGCAUAACAACACACGUUUCUGACAGUGGUCUGGUCAAACAUUUUAAAGAAAACCAUGGGGAAUAUGAAAAAUGUGUCAUACCCGAUUGCAACUAUCACUUCGUGGAUAAUUUUGGCCGAAUUGAUCACAUGAUAGAGAAACAUUCAGGCAACCUUCCUGGUGGCAUUCAAUAUGUAGCAAUAUUUUAAUGCAGUUUGGAUCAGUAUCUGUUCAAUUAAAGAUUUGCAAUGUAUAUAAAACUAGUUCUAUUUCAGAAUUUUCAAUUUCUGAUUGAAUAUCUAUAAGGUAAUUUAUUAAUUACUUUUGGUGCAGAAUUUUUGUCGAGCCAAAAUUGUAUAUAAAAUUGACGUGGCCGUUAACGAAAUCUUCUGUUCUUCAGAGCAAAUUGCAAUAAACUAUAAACGUAUAAAAUUUUCUAAUUUAAAAAUAAACAGAUCUGCAGCUGGUCA